AUGGGUAGAGGCAAGGAUGAGUUAGGAAUUCCUGGUAUUGUGGUUGGUGUUAGCAUUGAUGGAAAAACUGUUUGGUCAGAAGGUUUGGGUUAUGCAGACAUAGAAAAUAGAGUAUUGUGUUCUCCUGAUACUGUAAUGAGAAUUGCAAGCAUCAGCAAAAGCAUUACAAUGGCUGCAGUUGCUAAGCUUUGGGAGGAUGGAAAAUUAGAUCUGGACAAACCUAUUCAAGAAUAUGUGCCAUAUUUUCCAAAGAAAACUUUUGAAGGAAAACCAGUUGAGAUAACAUGUCGGCAACUUGUUUCACAUAUUGGUGGCAUUCGACAUUAUGACAAAAAUGUUCGCUUAUAUGAAGAAAAAGCAGAUUCCCAGAAUAAGAAUGAAAAACAGCCAAAUAAGAAAAAAGAAGAAUUUGAUCACAAAGAAUACUACAUUAAAGAUCAAUUUAAAGAUGUAAAAUCUGCUAUCGAUUUAUUUAAAGAAGACCCAUUAGUAGCCAAACCAGGAACCAGAUUUCAUUAUUCAACUCAUGCAUGGACUUUAAUUAGUGCUAUUGUGGAAUCAGCUGCUAAAGAAGAAUUUUCUAUUCAUCUCACUAAGCUUCUAAAAAACUUGGGAAUGGCAAAUACUCACCUAGAUAUCAAUCAUGUUUUAGUCUAUCAUAGAUCAAGGAAUUAUACUAAGGAUAAGAAUGGGAAAAUUUUAAAUGCACCUUAUGUUGACAACUCUUUUAAAUGGGCUGGUGGUGGCCUUUUAUCCACUGUUGGUGAUUUGUUACAAUUUGGGAAUGCAAUGCUUUACAGCCUUCAGUUCAAACCAUCUUUUUUGUUGAAUAAAAAUUCAAGUUUGAACAUAAUUGCUGAUAAAGGUUCAAAAUUAUCAAAUGACAUUAAUCAAUCAAACAAUAGUGCGCUUCCAGGCUAUCUCAAAUCAAAAACUGUUGAAGCAUUAUGGUCUCCAGUUGAGGUUAAUAAAGAAGCCAAGUAUGGAAUGGGUUGGUUUUUACAAGCAGAAAAACAAGAAUGCAAGUUUUGUCAAAAGAGUGAUUUUUGUGCUUUUCAUACAGGUGGAGCUGUAGGAGCUAGUAGCAUACUGCUAAUUUUACCUAAAGAACCCAAGUGCAAUGAAUUAAAGAAUGGUGAUAAUUGCAGUGCUCCUAAGGGAAUUAUAGUUGCAAUACUUGUAAAUCUUCAAUCAGUUAAUUUGAGUAAGAUUGCUUUAAAAAUUGCUCAAAUAUUUGACAUUUCUAACUGUGACAAUUGA